UGUGUGCUGUGGGACCAUGGGCCAAUGAGUUUCCCUUUCAGAGCCUCAGUCAGCAUCCAUAAAACAAGAUCAUGACUGUGGCCCUCAUGGAGUUAUUGUGAGGACUAAGUCAGAUCCUGCAGGUGACUGUGCCGCCCAGUGUCUGGCUCACAGUAAGGGACAGUUACAAAGAAUAGCAAUGGCUCUGGAGUAUUCAGAGGGAGCACCCCUCCAGCCUUGGAGAAAGGAGGAUGUGGGAGGGCAUUAAAAACCAUAUAUCCUGAUUGAGCAGACAGGGAAACUGAGGCCCAGGGAGUGGAAGGGCCUUUGCAGAGGACACAGAGCACCUUGGAGGCAGCAGGACCUGGAGUAAAACCUCCUUCUGGACCUCCCUGGGAGACCAGAGUCAAAUGGGGGUCAUAGGCGGGAGUGGGCCCUUUAAAUACUAAGCUCCACCUUUGCUCAGAAGGGGCUCUAGGGAGUAUAAAAGGGGGUGCAGCUCCUUUGCUCCACAAAACACUGCUGCUCCUGCCCACAGGUCCCCAGGCCCAGCCCCCCUCCAGCCGGCCCCUGCCAUGGAGCUGCCACCCUUUGACAUGUGGAAGGACUACCUCAACCUGAACCAGGUGGUGCUGACUCUGACCCAGAGCAGGAGCCAGAGGCUGGAGGCAGAGGAACUUGAGGAGCAGGGACCUGGCCCCCAGCUGGGGCAGGAUCAGGGGCUGGGGACUGCCCUCUGCAACUUCUGCAAGCACAAUGGGGAGUCCCGCCACGUCUACUCCUCACACCAGCUGAAGACAGCCGAGGGCGUGGUGCUGUGUCCCAUCCUGAGGCACUACGUGUGUCCCCUGUGCGGCGCCACCGGGGGCCAGGCCCACACUCUCAAGUAUUGCCCUCUCAAUGGCAACCAGCAGUCCCUCUACCGCCGCAGUGGGCGCAACUCAGCCGGCCGCAAGGUCAAGCGCUGAGGACCAUGA